AUGUUACCAUCAGUUGGUACUACAUUUAAUUUUACUUUCAAUGGUCUUUUUAAUACAAUGAAUGUAUCUGGAAUCUAUACUAUACAACCAGUUACCGAUGAAGAUAUGAAAACAAUUAUUGGUUAUCGUAAUUGGCAAUCAUAUACAGGUGACUUCAGUGGAAUAUUUUAUGGAGUCUCUUAUAAUAAUGGAACCUAUCUUCAGGCAUUAAUUGAUCCGAAUACUCAAGAAUGUAUUAAUGUUUUUGCUGAAAUAAUGAAUUGUACUAGUUGGUUAAAUACUGAAAUUAUAAGAUGGGAUAGUCAAUGUUCAUUAAUUCGCAUUGAUUCACCCGUUUCUGGUGAAAUGUCAUUGACAUUAAAUGCAUCAGAGUGUGAUUUAGCACGACCAGUGAAUUUUAUUGGUACAGCAAGUAUAUCUGGUGUACCUGAUAAAACAAUAAUUACUUAUGAAUUUUUAUCAAAAAUUGAACAGGAGAAUUUUCCAUAUAUAAAAUGUUAUUUUUAA